UUUUAGUACUGUUACAACAAUACGAAGUGCGCGCAACUACCAACCUUCGACUGUCAGUUAUCGUGUUAUCCAAUGGCUUUCAGCCCCUCGGGCAUACGGAUUACUCGUCCUUUGCUCGAUCCCGGUGUAUAACUGCAUAAUCUAUUACAAAUCAUCAUUUCGGUGGUCUGUGAGCUGUAUCGCCACGCACUAUCUUGGAUGACUGUUGCUGGCCACAUUCUCAUACGCUUAGGUCUAUUACCACCCUUAUGCAUUAAACACCGAGUAAGUCAGAAUCAUCGGCCGCACGCAUAUUACUUCGAGCAGCAAGAUUAUGAUUCGUCCCCAUUUGCACUGGUUUUCCACUGACGUAGGAAAUGUUCUGUCGAUUGCUUUUCGCGGCACUGGUGCAUCCAUCAAUCAAUUGUGUUCUCGCAAUUCUUCUGUUUCAUCCAAGAAGCCCGCUACGAUAAAAGAAGAGCCGUUCAAGCCUUAUAGUCCAUUUAAAGCCGAAAGCAAGCUCGAUUACCUGAUAAUCAGAGCAGAUGACUUAAUAAAUUGGGCCAGAAAGAAUUCUAUAUGGCCUCUUACCUUCGGGUUGGCUUGUUGCGCUCUGGAAAUGAUGCAGAUUGCUGGACCACGUUACGACAUGGAUCGUUUCGGUGUUGUUUUUCGCGCUAGCCCAAGGCAAGCUGAUUUAAUGAUUGUUGCUGGCACAGUGACAAAUAAGAUGGCUCCUGGAAUUCGCCGCAUAUGGGACCAGAUGACGGGGCCGAAAUGGGCAAUCUCUAUGGGUUCCUGUGCUAAUGGCGGCGGAUAUUAUCACUACUCAUACAGCGUUCUGAGAGGAGUGGAUCGAGUGUUACCCGUUGAUAUCUUUGUGCCUGUACUCUCUUUCCGCCUCACAUGCUACUGCGGUCUCGUUCGUAUGCCUUGUCGUGAUAUACUCUUGGUCCAGCGCAGUUUUAUACCUGAGGUGCUCUCAAUAGCCGGGAAUGGUGCAUAAUUACUAGGACGCUCCAACUCAGUGUUUUGUGCGUCGUGACGGAUGAAUGGAACGAAUCAAUUUAUACUUAGUUGCGUGGACCCAAAAAGACGCCAGUGGUGAGCCAGACGGAAGGCAGGUGUUGUUCGACAUUGUCAGUUGUCCGCCAAGCGCUGAGGCUUUGAUGUACGCGAUAUUGCAAUUGCAGAAAAAGAUCAAGAACAUGCGUACCCAACAGCACUGGUACCGAAGAUGAGCCACAUACAUAUAGAAAAGCAUUCACCUGCAGUCUAGCUCUUCUGUCCAUUUGCUACCAUUCAACACUGUCCAUUUGUUACCAUGCUCUUUAACGUUUUUCUCUUACUGAUUCCAUUUCUUAGCUAAUAAAACCCACACUUUCUAACAACAGCCCAUGUUCAAACUAACAAAACUUAUCACAGUACCCCUGGAAGCCUGCAUUAUUGUUAUGGGAGCGCGUUUAGUGAGUCCUAACUUUGUUACAAAUCGAAUCACAUCUUUGAAAUAAUUGGCCAACAGAUCCCGUCUUUUUCACGAACGUUGCAUUGUGCAUUCUUAGUUUUUAAUCAUUCUGUCCAUAGUUCUGUGUGUAGCAACGAAAAGUGCAUUUUUAAGGUUCGUGGCCAAUACCG